GAGAGAGAGAAGAGAGAGAGAGAGAGGGAGGGGUGGCAGCCGCAGGUUUUCAAAAAGGGCGGGGGAUCAUGGCUGAAGAAACUGUUUCUCAAGAGCUGCGCAGCGCCUCUGAGCUGAGGAUCGUGCUGCUUGGGGGAAACUGGCCUGGGAAGAGUUCAGCAGGGAACACGAUCCUGGGCACAGAGGAGUUUAGGUCUGGAUUCAGCUUUUCUGCAGUAACGGUGGAGUGUGAGAAGAGAACAGGAGAAGUGUCUGGGAGACGGGUCACUGUGGUCGACACUCCAGACUUGUUACACGCAGACCGGGUUGAGAUUGAGAGAUGUGUUUCUCUGUCUGCCCCGGGACCCCACGCUUUCCUCCUGGUGAUACCCGUGUAUAUAAAAGAAAUGACUGACUCUGUCCGUGAGUUUAUAGUAGAAGAGUAUUGCAAACCCUUUGAUAAAGUGCAGGAGCUGUUUGGUGAGAGAGCUGUGAGGAACACGAUGGUCCUUUUUACCCACGGGGAUUGUCUGGAAGGCAAGACAAUUGAACAGCGCAUUGAGGAAGCUGGUGAGGAGUUCCAGCAGGUUGUUGAGAAAUGUGGGAACAGGUAUCAUGUUCUCAACAAUGAGGACAGGAGCGAUCGCACUCAGGUCACACAGCUCCUGGACAAGAUAGACAACAUGGUGAAGGGAAGUGGAGGCUGCUACCUCCCAAUAUCAUCUGAGAUUUACCAGGAGGUAGAAGAAAGGAUUAGACUAAAGGAACAGGAGCUGAGAUAA